AUGUCUGAUACCGAAUCACAAACUUUAAACAAUGAUGGCUCCGACAGCUCAUCUAUCGAAAUACCACCACGGCCCCAACGGGCUCAGAGAAAAGAUUACCACUUCUUGUAUGGCGGAAGUGACGACGAAGAUAUUGAAGGUCAUACCAGAAAGAAACCCCAACUGGAUCCGCCACCCGGUCACUUAGAAACGAUUAGUCCAGAAGGGUCGGUCUAA